AUGAGUCUUAAGGUGAAACACCACAAAAAUAUAGGUGAAAAAUAGGUGAGAACUCUCAAAGCAUACUGUCUUGUGAAACAGUCUGUUUAGAAUGCUGAGUACGAUGACCUCCCAUUCUUUUUUUCGACCAUGAAUGUGCUGAUGUGUUGGUUCCCAAGCCAUUAUGAUGUAACCAGGUUAGACAAAGAUAAAAGGUCUGGAUUUGGAUAGUAAUUUUUAAGAUGCUAUUUGAUUAAAUUUUUAUGAGCUGGUAUCCUGUCGUGCAUACAGUGUGGUUAGUGUACUAAACAUAAAGCAUUCUGACAUUCACAGCAGUGCUUUGUAAACAUUAUUACAGGACUAACGCCUGACGCUCUCCCUCUCUCUCACUCCCUCUCUCUCUCUCCGUCUCUCUCUCUCUCACUCUCUCUGCAGUAGCCCUGAAGAACUGUACUUGCAAGAGAGAGCUGGCCAAUGGUGAUAGCGAUGACAACGGCAAAGCCACGGGAUUGGCGGACAGUUGGCUGCCUGAAGGCGAACUCUUGCUGCAGGUCAGCGCUAAGGGCUUGUCAUGGCCUAACUUCAGCUGACUGCACUGCCAGCUGAAUCGCUGUGUGUGUGUGUGUGUGUGUGUGUGUGUGUGUGUGUGUGUGUGUGUGUGUGUGUGUGUGUGAGUGUGUCUGAAACGCUUUCAUGUUUUUUCUUAUAGCAGAAAAUCAGUUUGGGCAGGGAGACAGAGACAGGGGCUCAGGGAUAGCUUAUCAGUCAAUAUGUCUGCUCCUGUCUCUGUCUGUCUGAGGUUCCCAUAUGAAAUGUGUGAGUGCAACUUGGAGUCAGCUGAGUCGCCUAACCUUGUGGCUAAACAUGUCCCUUUGGAUAUUUUUGCAAGAUAGGCACCAAAGCACUCAAGACAAUAUCUCCUUUUCAAGAAUAAUAAACAUCAAAAUGUGGAAUCUUCUAAAAAAUAAGAAAAGAUCUGACUGUCUCCUCUUUUGGGAACUACAAGGCUUAAUAUCCAGUGAUGGAAUGUUGGAUAAACCUCAUAACUCAUUAGCCAGCACUUUGUCUUUAAUACAACAUGUAACAGGGCAGGUAGCCUAGGCAGUUAGAGUGUUGGGCCAGUAACCGAAAGGUCGCUGGCUCGAAUCCCCGAGCCUACUAGGUGAAAAUCUGUCGAUGUGCCCUUGAGCAAGGCAUUUAACCCUAGUCGCUCUGGAUAAGAGUGUCUGCUAAAUGACGGAGAUGUACCUCUGCUUAUUAAUUCCCAAGGCUCCAGAAUACACCAUUACACUCUAAUACGCUACACCCCAAUUUGUAAUUCUAGUAUUCAUUGUCAUUUUAUCUAGUUUACUAUUCCAUCUCUAGGGAGCUAUUUUAAUUUUGUUUCUCUGUAUGUGUUAUUGAGUGGAGAGUGGCUGCCAAAUCUCUUUUGGAUACACCAGAGUCAUUGAUUUUCCAGUCCAGUUCCCCUCUAUGUGCAGCACAGUGGAAUUCCAGAGCAUAGCCCUAUGAACGAAGUUUCAUUAUUAUGAUAAACCUACAUCUCUCCAAUGUGUUAGCAAUGAAGCAUGAAAGCUCAUUCUGGGGAGGAGGAAUUAGUGAGGAUGGAAUCUUUUAUUCAAAUUGAGAUAACAGCCAUGGGACAUUUUAAAAGACUGGAAGACAGGGAGAAAAGGCGAGGUUAGGGGAAGAAGUGGAGAAGGGCAGAGGUGAAGAGGGCUAUUUCUGACCAAGUCUGAUUUUCUCUCUCCUCAUUUUCUUCUCUGUAGUUCAAUGUCAGACACUUGGUAGUGAAUUAUAGAGGAGCUGUGAGGUCAUUCAUUAUUUACAGCAGGAGAGGGGGAGGAAAAGAGAGGCAAAGCAGAUUAAUUUAGUUUUCACCCUUCACUGUCAUUGUUGAAAAUAGACAGACUGAGGACAGCCUGUUUUCAACCUCUUAUACUCAAAGCAGUCCCACAGAAGCCUAACACUACCGUCAUGAGGGAAAGUAGUUCUGCAGAAUGCCGACAGAUAUUGUAAGUGUUGAUACGGUACAAGCAUGCACAAAUGGAGUCCCAUUGGAGAUGUGAUCUCUGUUCUGCUCAACCAGGAGGUCUACAAUCUAGCUUGCACACAUUGUGGUUCUCUGGCAAAGAGUCAAUACAGGACUAAGAUUGAAUCGUACUACACCGGCUCUGACGCUCGUCAGAUGUGGCAGGGCUUGAAAACUAUUACAGACUACAAAGGGAAGCACAGCCGCGAGCUGCCCAGUGACACAAGACUUCCAGACGAGCUAAACCACUUCUAUGCUCGCUUCGAGGCAAGCAACACUGAAGCAAGCAUGAGCGCACCAGCUGUUCUGGAUGACUAUGUAAUCACGCUCUCCGUAGCUGAUGUGAGUAAGACUUUUAAGCAGGUCAACAUUCACAAGGCCGCAGGGCCAGACGGAUUACCAGGACGUGUACUCUAAGCUUGUGCUGACCAACUGGCAAGUGUCUUCACUGACAUUUUCAACAUGUCCCUGACUGAGUCUGUAAUACCAACAUGUUUCAAGCAGACCACCAUAGUCCCCGUGCCCAAGGACACUAAGAUAACCUGCCUAAUGCUGAAUGCUAUUCAUUGACUACAGCUCAGCAUUCAACACCAUAGUGCCCUCUAAGCUCAUCACUAAGCUAAGGAUCCUGGGACUAAACACCUCCCUCUGAAACUGGAUCCUGGACUUCCUGACGGGCCGCCCCCAGGUGGUAAGGGUAGGUAACAACACAUCUGCCACACUGAUCCUCAACACGGGGGCCCCUCAGUGGUGCGUGCUCAGUCUCCUCCUGUACUCUCUGUUCACCCAUGACUGCAUGGCCAGGCACGACUCCAACACCAUCAUUAAGUUUGCAGACGACACAACAAUGGUAGGCCUGAUCACCGACAUGGAUGAGACAGCCUAUAGGGAGGAGGUCAGAGACCUGGCCGUGUGGUGCCAGGACAACAACCUCUCCCUCAACAUGACCAAGACAAAGGAGAUGAUUGUGGACUACAGGAAAAAAAAGAGGACUGAGCACGCCCCCAUUCUCAUCGACGGGGCUGUAGUGGAACAGGUUGAGAGCUUCAAGUUCCUUGGUGUCCACAUCACCAACGAACUAUCAUGGUCCAAACACACCAAGACAGUCGUGAAGAGGGCACGACAAAGCCUAUUCCCCCUCAGGAGACUGAAAAGAUUUGGCAUGGGUCCUCAGAUCCUCAGAAAAUUCUACAGCUGCACCAUCGAGAGCAUCCUGACUGGUUGCAUCACCGCCUGGUAUGGCAACUGCUUGGCCUCCGACCGCAAGGCACUACAGAGGGUAGUGCGUACGGCCCAGUACAUCACUGGGGCCAAGCUUCCUGCCAUCCAGGACCUCUAUACCAGGCGGUGUCAGAGGAAGGCCCUCAAAAUUGUCAAAGACUCCAGCCACCCUAGUCAUAGACUGUUCUCCCUGCUACCGCACGGCAAGCGGUACCGGAGUGCCAAGUCUAGGUCCAAAAGACUUCUCAACAGCUUUUACCCCCAAGCCAUAAGACUCCUGAACAGCUAAUCAUGGCUACCCAGACUAUUUGCACUGCCCCCCCACCCCAUCCUUUUUACGCUGCUGCUACUCUGUUAAUUAUUUAUGCAUAGUCACUUUAACUCUACCCACAUGUACAUAUUACUUCAACUAUCUCAACUAGCCGGUGCCCCCGCACAUUGACUCUGCACCGGUACCCCCCUGUAUAUAUAGCCUCCCUACUGUUAUUUUAUUUUACUUCUGCUCUUUUUUUCUCAACACUUUUUUUGUUGUUGUUUUAUUUUUACUUUUUUUGUUAAAAUAAAUGCACUGUUGGUUAAGGGCUGUAAGUAAGCAUUUCACUGUAAUGUCUGCACCUGUUGUAUUCGGCGCAUGUGACCAAUAAAAUGUGAUUUGAUUUGAUUUGAUAAAUGACUACCGACCCGUAGCACUGACGUCUGUAGCCAUGAAGUGCUUUGAAAGGCUGGUCAUGGCUCACAUCAACACCAUUAUCCCAGAAACCCUAGACCCACUCCAAUUUGCAUACCGCCCCAACAGAUCCACAGAUGAUGCAAUCUCUAUUGCACUCCACACUGCCCUUUCCCACCUGGACAAGAGGAACACCUACGUGAGAAUGCUAUUCAUUGACUACAGCUCAGCAUUCAACACCAUAGUGCCCUCAAAGCUCAUCAAUAAGCUAAGGAUCCUGGGACUAAACACCUCCCUCUGCAACUGGAUCCUGGACUUCCUGACGGGCCGCCCCCAGGUGGUAAGGGUAGGUAACAACACAUCUGCCACACUGAUCCUCAACACAGGGGCCCCUCAGGGGUGCGUGCUCAGUCCCCUCCUGAACUCCCUGUUCACCCAUGACUGCAUGGCUAGGCACGACUCCAACACCAUCAUUAAGUUUGCGGAUGACACAACAGUGGUAGGCCUGAUCACCGACAACGAUGAGACAGCCUAUAGGGAGGAGGUCAGAGACCUGGCCGUGUGGUGCCAGGAUAACAACCUCUCCCUCAACGUGACCAGGACAAAGGAGAUGAUUGUGGACUACAGGAAAAAAGGACUGAGCACGCCCCCAUUCUCAUCGACGGGGCUGUAGUGGAACAGGUUGAGAGCUUCAAGUUCCUUGGUGUUCACAUCACCAACGAACUAUCAUGGUCCAAACACACCAAGACAGUCGUGAAGAGGGCACGACAAAGCCUAUUCCCCCUCAGGAGACUGAAAAGAUUUGGCAUGGAUCAUCGAGAGCACCAUUGAGAGCAUCCUGACUGGUUGCAUCACCGCCUGGUAUGGCAACUGGUUGGCCUCCGACCGCAAGGCACUACAGAGGGUAGUGCGUACGGCCCAGUAUAUCACUGGGGCCAAGCUUCCUGCCAUCCAGGACCUCUAUACCAGGCGGUGUCAGAGGAAGGCCCUCAAAAAUGUAAAAGACUCCAGCCACCCUAGUCAUAGACUGUUCUCUCUGCUACCGCAUGGCAAGUGGUACCGGAGUGCCAAGUCUAGGUCCAAAAUACUUCUCAACAGCUUCUACCCUCAAGCCAUCAGACUCCUGAACAGCUAAUCAUGGCUACCCAGACUAUUUGCACUGCCCCCCACCCCCACCCCAUCUUUUUACACUGCUGCUACUCUGUUAAUUAUUUAUGCAUAGUCACUUUAACUCUACCCACAUGUACAUAUUACUUCAACUACCUCAACUAGCCGGUGCCCCCGCACAUUGACUCUGCACCGGUACCCCCCUGUAUAUAUAGCCUCCCUACUGUUAUUUUAUUUUACUUUUUCGGCGCAUGUGGCCAAUACAAUUUGAUUUGAUUUGAUUUGAUUUGAUUGCAAGAGUUCAAAGACAUUAAAUACUCACUUCAAUGCAGUGUUUUAGUACUCGAGUCCAGGACUCGGACUUGACUCAGACUUAAGUCACAAUAUUUAUGACUCGUUACCCAACUCGGACUUGACCAGUGGCGAAUCGGACUUGGACUCAACCAGUUGUAACUUUCUUUUCAGAAAAUCACUCUCUUUUGCAUAAUUGAACAUAUCAGCUACAACAGCAAACGUUAGAUAGCUAUACUAUCUAUUUAGUGUGGCUUGCGAAAAUAAUGUACCACUUAUUUCAGACUUUUUAUUGUAGUUAUUCUUUACAACGCUACUCCUCUUACACCGUUUAAGUGAGAAACGCCAUUCAAACUUUAAAACGUGCAGACUGGUCCGCACCAGUGUGUUUCCAUACAACUUUUUGAUUACAUUUAUACUUUCUAAAGGUCCUGUCCAAAUUCUCAUGACUUCCAACAUUAUAUUCACUGUAAACAAUGCAACUUUUUACACAAAUCAGCUACUUUGAUUACUUUCCCAACAACUUAGACAAAACUUCCACAUCAACUAGAUUUUCUGUAAUUUUUUAUAAACAACUGAAAUUUGGACCACUUUCCCAACACUUGUUUGACAUAUUGUCUACUUCUCUGCUAUUCGAAUCUGGUCAGCGCUAAGGGCUUGUCAUGGCCUAAAUUGUGACUUUUGACACAAACCAGCUACUUUGACCACUUUCCCAACAAGCUAAACAAAAACGUAGAGUUGAGUGUAUGACAUCUUGGACUACUUCUCUGCUAUUCAAAUCUGAAAUCAGAACAGAAAUAUAUUCUACUGAUCAAAUGAUACAGCUGUUUUAGUAAACGCAUCAACUACAUUUUUUUCUGUCAUUUCUUUUAAACAACUGCCGUUUUGACCCCUUUCACAACAAGCUAGACAACAACUUAAAGGGAAUGAAAUCUUAGUCUACUUCUCUGCUAUUCAAAUCUGAAAUAUAUUCUAGCAAUAAAACAAUACAGCUGUUUUAGUAAGCACAUCAACAAAAUGUUAUCUCAACUUUUACAAACAACAAGUGAACAUAGCUAAAUGACUAAAAAAUGUAAAGAAUGUAAAAAAUAUAUUCUACCAAUCAAAUUAUAGCAGUGGGGGAGCACAUAAGACUGAUUGUGCCAUGCAUCUCACCCCAACCCACUAAACUAACCCACUAUAACAACCCCCACACUCACUAACCAAACUACAAUAGUGACCCCACUACUUAUAGCUAACCCUUGACCUAUCUAUCUAAAACAUUCAGGAUCACUACUGCAAUGUACAGCUACUAGUACUUCUGGGCUACUUACUUCUACUUAGUCUCCCACUGAAGGCAACUAUCAACUAUUUAUAAAACAGUCACUCCAUCUACUACACCAGCCUCAAUUGUUCAACACUAACACAAUUCUAAUCUUCUUCCACUAGAUGAACCAUCAUAUUUCUCUCACCAAAUGAUAGCCUACAACUUUUCUAAUUCCUUAUGAGUAAAAGUGUAGGAGUCUGAGUGUAUCCAAAGUAAUAAGGUUGAUAUAGUAGUCUAUCAAAGUAAUCAGACCAGAUAUUUUAAUAUAUUUAACUUUGACUAUAUUUCAUUGCUUCACUUAAGUAAAACGUUUUAAACUUCUUCAACUACCACAAAAAUAAUUUUAAAGAGCUGAAGCAAGUCACACAAUUUUUCUUCAUUGAAAAUUACCAUCUAGUUAGCCUUACAAAUGUGCAACACUGUAAUGAAGUGUUGCUUAAAAAGUUAUUGGAGAGCAAUACAAAGAACUCAAACUUGAACUCAGACUCGAACACUAGAGACUUGGGACCCGACUCUGACUGGAGGUUUAGUGACUUGACUACAUCACUGCUUCAAUGUAUUUGGAACAGUCUUCAUAUGGUGUCUGCCACUUGGGGCUUGCAACAUUUAUUUCACUUCACUAAUUUGUAGUUGCUGAAUGCCUGGGACAUUAGACCCUGGAAUCUGGCUAUUUACUGUACUUGCAAGAUGGUGUACAAACCAUCCAAGCUGACAUGAAAAUAUUUAUGUUUCGCUGGACUGGAGUGCUUACACACACAGAGGAUCUGGUGCAGAUAAUUGGGGUGAAACACUUGAUUAUUAGUGAAAGAGCAACAUGACAUCACCAUACCUUAGUCAUGGCUCAGCCCCUGGGAAGACUGAGUGUACUUUCUGUGUAUGCACCCAUUGCACUGUCCGUGUGUCAGUUUGUUAAUGUGAGCGAGUUUUAGUGUGUGUGUGUGACCCAGGUUUUUGUGUGUGUAUUAACAAAUCAGGUGAUGGAUGAAUGUCUGUUUUGUUUUAAUAAGGUAGAUAUGAUUGUAUGCCUGUAUGUGAGUUUGUUUACUAAAUGUUCUUGUGUGCGAAUUUUCAGUGAAUUUAUGUAAAUCACAAAGCUCAUCUGCAUUUCCUGCAGUGCUAGAAUAUUCUCUGCAACACAAGAGUGAUCAAAUGAAUAUCCUACAUCUGUAUGACAACCACUACAGUCACAUUUUUGCUUAAGUAAUCAUAACACACAGCAAAAUUCAGUAGAUAUAAAAAUACUUAAUUCUGUAUGAGAUGCAUGUUCAAACAGAACCCGGAGAUAUGAGAGGACUAAGAAAGGAGGACUAAGCCUAACAGAAAUUUAAUAAGUGAGCAUUAUGUUGUCUAACAAUCUUUCCUUAUCUCAUGUAUGUUUGACCUACAGGCGCUGAACGGCUUCAUCCUGGUGGUCACUAAUGAUGGGACCAUUUUUUACUCCUCUCACACCAUCCAGGAUUACCUGGGCUUCCACCAGGUACCGUACAGAUUGUCCCUCCUCCCUUUCCGUAGCCCAGUGAAGGUUAUAUCCCUUAAACAUGACCAGGUUGUUCUGUGCCUCAGCUCAUUCAUAAUGGACAAGCAGGCAUCUGGUGAGGCAGCUUUAUCGUCUUUGUGGUCUUGGCUGAAUAAUAUCAUUCAUUUUACAGCUGGGUCACCCCAGUGCAGCAUUGGCAUGCAUGUUUGCAAACGAUAACGCAUAAUCCUCCAUCGACACCUGGUCAUCUCUGAUCUAAGUUUUGAUAAUUAAUUACAUGCAAUACGAACAUCCAAUGUUAUCCUGUAGAACUGUAGAGGUUUUCCCUAUAGAGACAGUUGCCCAUAGAUGCUUUGUCAUGAAAUAAUUGGUCUUGCAAAAUAGAUUUUAUCUCAACGAGACUAACCUGUAUAAAUCUCGUUAAAUGAACAUAAUAUUCAUUGGCGUUGUGGUUGCGGUUUGGGGUUUAGGGGUUGGGGGUUUCGUGCGGUGUCUGCUGCGAUUUGUCGGGGCCGUUGUCUGGGUUGUGGCCCCUGCCUGCUCAGUGUGUAGUCUGAUUCUGCUCAGCGGGUCCACAGAGAGAAACUGGUAGAGACCAGUCUAUUAAUAGCAUGGCCUUUAGUGGAAAGAAACCACCAGCCGUGGUAGUGGGAAGCAGCACUAGCCAGCACGACAGCUGAAGAGAUGGAUGGGAGUAUGGAGGGGGAUGGAGGGAUAGUAAAGAGGCAGUCUACUGUACGAAAUUCAGACCCUGGAGAAGUCCAGUACACACUGAGACACUGAGAAUUCAACAGACUCUUGGAGAUACAGUAUAUCCCAGACUCUUUCACUAUAGCGAGGUUCCCAUAACGUCACUCCUUCAGUUUAGCAGUAUAGUGUCCGAAGUUCCCAUAAUGUAAUUUGCAUAAGGAUGCCCUCAAUUUAGAUUUUGUUUGUGUCUGUAUUGUGCAUGCUUUCCAUAAUCUUUAUUUUAACUGUCUUUAUAUUAUGUAUAUUUCCAAAAACCUUUAUUUUGUUUGUCUCUAUAUAAUCUAACAUAAUCUUUACCUCCCCCCUCCUUCCUUCCCUUUCUCACUCCCACCUCCCUCUCUCCUUCCACAGACUGAUGUUAUGCACCAGAGUGUGUAUGAGUUGGUUCAUACUGAGGACCAGCAGGAGCUGAGGAGGAACCUCCACUGGGCCCUCAACCCACCUGACAUCGUGGCCCCCGAGGCCCCACUGGGAGAGACCCCCUCAGGUUACCUCGUGCCUCAAUGUUAGACCCUGAAACACCACCUCCAUCAAUGAAACAAUGUUUAAGGAUAUUCAAACAGAAAUUAAUGCAGAACUUUUGGUAUAAUUUCCUAUUGUCACGAACCGGCUCAAGUUCGUAACAAAAGGGAGACACGUGGAGACAAGGAAUACCCAAAAUAUAUAUUUAUUAGCUAAAGUAAACUAAAUCAAAUAACAAUGGUGUGUGUAAUCAGUAAUCAGUAGUGUGAGUGUUUGCAGGCAUAAAUGUAAUAAUGCAAAGUGUUGAAAGGUGCCAAAGCAAACAACCAAAAAGGCCACAAAAAUAUCACAACCAAAGUCAAAGUAUCUGCCUGGAGAGAGUCUCCUCAAUGAAUGUGGAAGAGGUCCAUUUAUGCUGGGACACACCCGGCCCAGGUGUUUCCCAUGUAGCUGACGACCCUCCCAACUCCGCCCACCGGCAUCCUAAUAAGGAAACAAGAGCAAAGAGAGAAUACGGCAGACAGAGUGGGAGGGUCGUCACACACCCCCCCCCCCCCCCCCCCCCCCCCCCCCCAUAAGACCGGGGACCAACAAGGACCCCGGACCAACGUACCAGCCCCUGCGUCCCAAACCGACAAUUUGUACAUGUUCACCCCUCCACUUGCCCCACCCAUCAUCCUCCUCUCCAGACCUCAGCAACCUUUACACAGGAAGCAACCUUUAAGAGGAAAGAAAAACACAAGACUAGGAGGGGACAAACAGGAAAGAUAGAACAUGACAAAAUCAAACAAUGGUCGGUCACAUCAAUAUUCAUGAACAGGGCGCACGAGAGAGCGCAUCAGUAAUCACGUUAUCAGUCCCCCGGAUGUGCCGCACAUCUAGAUGGAAGGAUUGUAAAAAUAAAAACCAUCUCAUUAUCCUCUGAUUAGGACACCUCAUGGACCUCAAAAAUGUGAGAGGGUUAUGGUCGGUGUAGACCACAAUAGGUACUACACCCGACCCAACAUACACUUCAGAGUGUUGUAGCGCCCAUAUAAGUGCUAAUGCUUCUUUUUCAAUGACCGAAUAGUUCAACUGAUAAUGGUUAAACUUUUUGGAAAAGAAACAGGCCUCUCAACCCCAGCCACAUCUGCUUGCAGCAAAACUGCACCCGCCCCCACAUGACUAGCAUCCACCUGCAAGGUAAAUGACAAAUCGAGGAGCAGCCUGUACCGGAGUUGAAGUAAGCAACCUCUUUGCAUCUUCGAAAGCCUGUUGACAAUGAGAAGACCAUACGUACACAGCCUUAGCUUUCAGCAAAUCUGUCAAGGGAGCGACCACAGUAGAGAAGUUCCUACAAAAACCACGAUAAUACCCAAUCAUUCCCAAGAAACGCAUCAGUUCCUUUUUAGUAGUUGGUAGUGGAAAAGCAUCAAUAGCUACCACUUUAGCCCGAACAGGACGCACUUCACCCUGCCCAACCACCUUUCCAAGGUAUGUAACAGUCGCCUGAGCAAACUCACAUUUAGCCAAAUUUAUCGUGAGACGACCCGCAGCCAGACGUCCGAACAAGGCUUGAAUACGGGACAGAUGUUCCUCCCAAGUAUCUGCAUAUAUCACUACAUCGUCCAGAUAAACAGCGCACCCGGCCAGACCAGAGACAACCCUGUUCAUAAGUCGCUGAAAAGUUGCAGGCGCAUUACGCAGUCCGAAACUCAUAACCGAAUACGAGUACAGACCAAAAGGUGUAAUAAAGGCAGAGAUUUCACGUGCCCUACUCGUCAGUGGCACCUGCCAAUAGCCCUUUAACAGGUCAAAUUUGCUCACAAACUUAGCUGCGCCGACUUGAUCAACGCAGUCCUCCAUCCGAGGAAGAGGAAAUGAAUCCGGCUUAGUGACAUCGUUUACCUUACGGUAGUCCGUACAAAAUCUGUUUGUUCCAUCCGAUUUACUGACCAAGAUACAGGGAGAAGCCCAACUGGAGAAAGAAGGCUCUGCUAUUUUACUCUCCAGCAUGUACCUGACCUCAGCAUCCAGACAACGCAGUUUCUCUGAAGAAACUCUAUAGAACCGUUGACGAAUGGGGUCAGCAUCUCCAAUGUCAAUAUCAUGUUCUAUUAAGUUUGUUCAUGCUCCAUUUUAGCUUGUUCAUGCUCCCGCUGUAACAGAAGCAGUUCUUUCUGCUGUUCAAAAAGAAGACUACUAUGACUAACCGAUGGAGCGGUCAUUGUAACAUAUCAGGGAGACAACGUGUCCUCAGCAGAGGCUGCCCCAGUUGUAACAUCCAGAAUACCACUCUCCAUCAAAUUGGCCUUCAAUAUUAACCUAAUAUAAUUUUUUAGACGUUUAUCACUAAUUUCAACCUUGUAGUGUUCAGCAACCUUCAACAGCUGUUCUUUCGUACAUAAUUCUAACAGUUCUUCUGAUGGAAAGCGAAUGAACUCAUCUACAUUAGACGCCAUAAUCAGGAAAAAAAAAAUAUAUAUAUAGAUCAUAAUAAUCUUGCUCAACCCCUCUGCUGAGCACACCAGACACAAAAGAAAUGACAAUCACACAGAGCACCACAGAAGAGAGCUGGGAUAUGGAGCUUCCCCAAAACCUACAAUAACUCAACCCUAGUCUUCGUGCAGAUUCGCGGUGGGUAAUUACGCACUGUAGCCCGCUGGCAAGGAAUUAAACCCCCCAGCACGCUGGUAGAUUUCCCCAAGCCACGGAUGUGCCCCCGAGACAACUGCUCAGUCCACUGACACCACACAAAAAUUUAACCAUGCCCAACGUAUCCCAAAACAAAACACGUCACUAAGCCUAUCAGGGGAAAAAGCUAUAGCUCCGGGUAGCAAAUGUCACUACCCUACCCAAUCUCCCACUGAGGUACACAGCCGAUUGUACUCACCUCAGACCGAUGUCCCAACAGCGAGUAGAGCAAGAGUUUCCAGGCUGGGCAGGGACUGGAAACUAACCAAUGUACUCUCUCCAACGCAGUACAAAACCCAAAGGCAACCAAUACUGGGCCUAUCAAACUCAAACAAACUAACAAAAUUUACAAAGAAAGACCCUACAGAAUUGGACAUUAACUCCACGUUCUCCCAAACACAACCAGUUCAAGAUCCCGGACGAACCCCCACUUGUCACGAACCGGCUAAAGUUCAUAACAAAAGGGAGACACGAGGAGACAAGGAAUACCCAAAAUAAAUAUUUAUUAGCUAAAGUAAACUAAAUCAAAUAACAAUGGUGUGUGUAAUCAGUAAUCAGUAGUGUAAGUGAGUGUUUGCAGGCAUAAAUGUAAUAAUGCAAAGUGUUGAAAGGUGCCAAAGCAAACAACCAAAAAGGCCACAAAAAUAUCACAACCAAAGUCAAAGUAUCUGCCUGGAGAGAGUCUCCUCAAUGAAUGUGGAAGAGGUCCAUUUAUGCUGGGACACACCCGGCCCAGGUGUUUCCCAUGUAGCUGACGACCCUCCCAACUCCGCCCACCGGCAUCCUAAUAAGGAAACAAGAGCAAAGAGAGAAUACGGCAGACAGAGUGGGAGGGUCGUCACACUAUGAAUACCCUCUUCAUAAUGCAUUACAAAUGCCGUUAUAACACCUUGUGAGCUAUGUGUAAUGCAUUAAAUAAGUAUAUAAUAAUUCAUUAUUAUUAUGCAUUAUAUAAACAUCUAUAACUAAUAAAUGCUCAUAAACAUCUAAAACCUUAGAGAAAGGCUCAGGCCUCUGCACCGAACUACCUCUCCACUAGGGGUAGUGUUGUAAGGUUUUCCUUUCCCUGGUAGAGAGGAAGCUGUCACAUGGCAUGCUAAGACUACAUUAGCCUCUGGGGCUAAUUACAUAAGUGUAUUUUCAACAGAGCUAGGAGAAGAGGACCACUGAGGACAGGACACACAGUCGGGUCAAUAAUUACUCCAAAGAGAGGCCAUACACAGAACAGAACAGAAGCAGCACAGUUAGCAGUUAGAAUGUGCUGAGAGAUAUUGAAUAAGGCUUUGUUUAAAAUGUCAUCAUGACACACAUCCCUCAGCAGACACCCUAGCCAGACACCUCACAUCAGCUUUUCUUCCAAUCCCAAACAUUAAUGUCAACACUCAGUCAACAAUGUUGUUACUCAUUUUUAGCUUUUUGUGUUGAUGAAUUCCUGUACGAACAUAAAAAUAAGAAUUAUUUAAUGAGAUUAAAAGCAGUUUAAUCAGUGAUUACCUCAACUGUUUGUAUUACCAUUUUAGAGAAGUGGCACAGAUUUGUUCUGUUUCUACAGUAUGACUGAACUGUAUACUGUAAUCUUGAGGAUCAUUUCCAAAUAUAGUGAAAUAGGUGGUUAGAUUAUUUUGAUGGUAAAACCUGAUCUGAACAUGUCAUCUCUUCUGACCCACAGAUGCGGAGCCGGACAGCAGCACCAGUGCCACUGUGACCUACAACCCUGAGCAGCUCCCCCCAGAGAACUCCUCCUUUCUGGAAAGAAACUUUGUGUGUCGCUUCCGCUGCCUCCUGGACAACUCCUCUGGCUUCUUGGUAGGUGUUAUUGACACCCCAGCCCUCACCCCGACCGAACACCCCUCACCCCAACCGAAUGCCUUCAAUCCCCAAAUAGUGUGUGUUUAACAGUAUUUUAGGCUCACCCAGAGGCAACCUCACAUUAAUAUAGUGUAAUGUUAAUAUGUUGCAAUACGAUUUUGAUGGAUUAACAUGGACAUCAGAUUCAAUUAAACAUCUUGUCGGAUGGGCUUUGGACAGAGAAUCAAACACAUGGUCAAUGGAAGACGAAAAGAUGUCUAAAACAAAUGUUUGCAUUCUCCCACCCUGCCAGGCCCUGAGUCUGCAGGGCAGGCUGAAGUUCCUGCACGGUCAGAACCAGCGGCAGGAUAACGGGGACAAGGUGCCCCCCCAGCUGGCCCUGUUUGCCAUUGCUACGCCCCUCCAGCCCCCCUCCAUCCUGGAGAUCAGGACCAAGAACAUGAUCUUCAGAACCAAACACAAGCUGGACUUCACCCCCAUGGCAUGUGACGCAAAGUACGCUCUCGUUGUCUUACUCAUUUUCAUGCUGAUUUUGUGGCAGUUGCAAUCAUUGAAAUACAUUUACAUUUUAGUCAUUUAGCAGACUCUUUUAUCCAGAGCGAUUUACAGUAAUGAGUGCAUACAUUUUCGUACUGGUCCCCUGUGGGAAUCGAACCCACAACCCUGGUGUUGGAAGUGUCAUGCUCUACCAACUGAGCCACAUGGGACCAAAAUAAUUGGCUAGUGUACAAUAGUACUGAAUAGACUGUAAUUUGUUAUAUUCAUAAUGCUAUUGUUAUGUAGUACUGGUUAUGAUAUGAAGUGAAAUAAUGUUUAUUGACAUUAUCCCUUGUCGUUUUGCAGGGGGAAAAUUGUGCUUGGGUAUACUGAAGCUGAACUUCGGGUGCGAGGCUCCGGCUAUCAGUUUAUCCAUGCAGCGGAUAUGUUGUACUGCGCUGAGAACCAUGUCCGAAGUAAGCCUCACGUCUAUUAUGUCUACCUAACAUCAGGUUACUUAGGGGUUCAAGCUUUCAAAAUAUACAAACAUGGGAGUAUUUAUUUGGAUUGGGUUGAAUUGGUUCUGUCCUCAAACAUCGUUGAGGCUGGGUCUGACCAGGUCAAAGAUGGUGGUCACAGAGUUCGGACAGCUUUCCCAAGUAAUCCCAGUAGAUUACGGAGCAGAUUGCGCAAAACCGCUGAGCCGAUAGGAUACGCCCACAAAUCCACUACAUGAGCAGAGUACCAGCAAUGAUCCAUAUACAGUGCCUUCAAUAAGUAUUCACACCCCUUGACCUUUUCCACAUUUUGUUGUGUUACAAGGUGGGAUAAAAUGUAUUUAAUUGUCAUUUUUUGUCAAUGAUCUACACAAAAUUCUCUGUAAUGUCAGUGGAAGAAAAAAAGUAUAAUUAUUCAACCCCCUAAGACAAUACAUGUUAGAAUCACCUUCUACAGCGAUUAAAGCUGUGAGUCUUUCUGGGUAGGUCUCUAAGAGCUUUGCACACCUAGAUAGUACAAUAUUUGCACAUUAUUCUUUUUAAAAUUCUUCAAGCUCUGUCAAGUUGGUUAUUUAUCAUUGCUAGACAGCCAUUUUCAAGUCUUGCCAUAGAUUUCCAAGCCGACAUAUGUCAAACUAUAACUUGGCCACUCAGGAACAUUCAAUGUCGUCUUGGUAAGCAACUCCAGUGUAUAUUUGGCCUUGUGUUUUGGGUUAUUGUCCUGCUGAAAGGUGAAUUUGUCUCCCUGUGUCUGUUGGAAAGCAGACUGAACCAGGUUUUCCUGUAGGAUUUUGCCUGUGCUUUAUUCUGUUUCUUUUUAUCCUAAAAAACUCCCUAGUCCUUGUUGAUGAAGCAUACCCAUAACACGACGCAGCCACCACCAUGCUUGAAAAUAUGAAGAGUAGUAGUACAGUGAUGUGUUGUGUAGGAUUUGCCCCAAACAUAACAUUGUGUUUUCAGAACAUAAAGUUAAUUCCUUUGCCAAUUUUUUGCAGUUUUACUUUAGUGCUUUAUUGCAAACAGAUGUAUGUUUUGGAAUAUUUUUAUUCUGUACAGUCUUCCUUCUUUUCACUCUGUCAAUUAGGUUACUAUUGUGGAGUAACUACAGUGUUGUUGAUCAAUUCUCAGUUUUCUCCUAUCACAGCCAUUAAACUCUGUAACUGUUUGAAAGUCACCAUUGGCCUCAUCGUGAAAUCCCUAAGCAGUUUCCUUCCUCUCUGGCAACUAAGUUAGGAAGGGCACCUGUAUCUUUGUAGUGACUGGGUGUAUUGAUACACCAUCCAACGUGUAAUUAAUAACUUCACCAUGCUCAAACGGAUAUUCAGUGUCUGCUUUUUUUUUUUACCCAUCUUCCAAUAGGUGCCCUUCCUUGCAAGGCAUUGGAAAACCUCCCUGGUCUUGUGGUUGAAUCUGUGUUUGAAAUUCACUGCUCGACUGAGGGACCUUACAGACAAUUGUAUGUGUGGGGUACAGAGAUGAGGUAGUCAUUACAAUUAUUUUAAACACUAUUAUUGCACACAGAGUUAGUCCAUGCAACUUAUUAGGUGACUUGUUAAGCAAAUCUUUACUCCUGAACUUAUUUAGGUUUGCCAUAACAAAGUGGUUGAAUAUUUAUUGACUCAAGACAUUUCAACUUUUCAUUUUUAGGUAAUUUGUAAACAUUUAAAAAAAACGUCCACUUUGACAAUAUGGGGUAUUGUGUGUAGGCCAGUGACACAACAUCUCAAUUUAAUCCAUUUUAAAAUCAAGCUGUAACACAACAAAAUGUGGAAAAGGUCAAGGGGCGUGAAUACUUUCUGAAGGCACUGUAGCUAUACCAACACAGCCCCACAAUUAGGCAGAACUAUUACAGGGACUAUAUAGCUUAUCUAGCUACCUACUCUGGCUUCACUUUGGAAUUUUUCCUAGAUUCGCUUCUUAAAAAGAUAAUCUACCAACCACUGCUCCUUGCUAGAGCACAAUCUCAAGGCAAUGAUGAGGCAACAAUAGCUAGCUAGAUAUGUAUUUAGAAUAAUUAAGUUGAACAGAAGUAGAACUCUACCCAUUGUCACUCCUGCGGAGUACUGUAGCUUUAACAAAAUGUAAUACUUACCAUGUGUAAGCCUCCCUCUCACUCUAAAUGACUGUGUCCUGUGGAUCCAGUGAUGAAGACAGGAGAGAGCGGUCUGACCGUGUUCAGGCUCCUCACCAAGGACAACUGCUGGAAGUGGGUCCAGGCCAAUGCCAGGCUGGUCUACAAGAACGGCAAACCAGACUACAUCAUCGCCACGCAGAGGCCUCUGGUGUACGUGAACUCACCUGGGCCCUGUCACAUCCAGCCCCAAAUACACACACUGUCUGGGAACAGUCGUUUUUCCUAAGGUCAUAUGGCCAGGAAAUACUCACGGUCCUAAAAGCUAUAGCGCCACAUUUAUGACAUAGUUAUGUUUUUCUGAUGUGACUAGAACACCAGACAACACAGAUGGAGGAAGGGAUUAUCGUGUGCUUAUGAUCUCAGUGAGACUAUUUUCACAUCAGUUUCCAUGCAUGACACAAUAAUGUGGCAAUACAGUAACACGCAGUUGUAACAGUGGUGAAUUCCGACCAUGACAAUCUCUCAGGUGUUGUUUGUUUUCUGUCCAUCUAGGGAGGAGGAAGGAGGCGAGCACCUACGUAAACGUUCCAUGCACCUCCCCUUCACCUUCGCGACGGGAGAGGCCCUGCUCUACCAGUCCAACCAUCCAAUUGUACGCUUCAACAACGGUGCCCAGGGCUCUGAGAAUAACGGCAGCAAGUCCAAGAAGGGACGGACUGACAGGGUCUCCAGGGAUGGCCUGGACCCAGGCUCCCUCUUGGGGGCGCUGAUGAGUCAGGAUCAGUCUGUGUACAUCUGCCAGCCGGCCCUGGAGUCCAAGCUGUCCUUCCACAGCAGUCUGUUUGGGGACCGAGUCGGCUUCUCUGACUCCGACCCCACUGCCCUGCUCCAGGGCUGGGAUGAGUCAUCCAAUGGAGUAGUGGGUCCGGGUCUUCCAGAGCCGGCGUCGAGCUUCGACCCACUGCUGGCGACCCUAGACUCCCUGUCCCUGGGGAGUCAGGGGGGUGUAGUGGACGGGGAAGGGGACGGAGGCAACGGGGAGGCCUGUUCCAACGGGGAGCUUUUUGGGGCUCUGGAGAGCCUGGGGCUGAGUGCCGAGGACCUGGAGCUGCUGCUGCUGGACGAGAGGAUGAUCCAGGUGGAGAUGGACCCUGAGCGGGUUCCUACCCUGGAUGACCUGCUGACCAACGACGAAAUCCUCUCCUAUAUCCACGACUCCCUGGAGGCAAAGACAGACACGGCAGAGGACAGGGGCCAGGUGCCCUCCACUAUCCCAGCUACAACUGCCCCAAUAACGACGACGACAACAACAAAAGCACCUGUUGAAAGUAAUCCCACUUCUGCCACCAAUGUGCUCUCUCAAUACCUUCACCAUAAGUCUCCCCUGGUGGGGCAGGCACCCAUAGUUCAGCUCUCCCAGCAGAUGCAGCAGCACCUCAGCAUGCGGCCAGGGAUGGUGGUCCAAGACUGGGCCCAGCAUAACAACCACAUGCCCCACCCCGUGGUGCAUGGACUACAGGGGCAGAGUCAGCCCAUACACAAUGGACAAUGGACAUCUCAGCACAUUCUAGCCAGUACAGGGGUCCCAGUUGACCACUGUCACACCCCCCAGUCUCUGUUAAAUGGAAAGACGUCAGAGCCGGAUGGGGAUCUUCACCGGCGGCAAGCCAACCAACACUACCUCCGGCAGCAGCAUCAACAGCAGGCCAUGGUCCAGAGCCAGCUCCCUCUGUGCCAUGCCAAACAGCCAGACGCCAAUCUCAAUGGAGUGUAUGGCAUUCCAAACACACACACAGAGCAUCACCCAGCUGGUAAACAGCAGUGGCAGGACUACAGCUACAGCCACCCUGGGGAAACCACCCUGAACAGCAACCCCUGCCUCAGCAAUGGCCACAUACCCCCCCUCACACACACCACCGUAGACGCUUGUAUGGAUUUCACUAUGGCUGAUAAUCCUGCCGUGGAUUAUACCAUCAACGAAUGCUCGUAUGGGGGGAACGGGCAGGACCAGAGGACAGAGGCUGCCGUUUCAUCCUUCCAGAGGAUGAACCACAAGCAACAGCAGCAGCAGGAGCAGCUGCCCCCUCCCUUGACCCAGGUGCUGUCCAGCCUCUCGCAGUGCCCUCCGCCAAAUGCUACCCUGGAGCAGAUCCUGGGGGUUGGACAGUCCUACAGACAGCUGCCCUCACUGGAGGCCUACGGCAUGAUGACCUCUGACAUCCCUCACGACCCCAACCACAGUAAGGUGAGACCAGUGAUUAUAUGUUCAUAUAGUCUUCUAAUUAUAUUCCUUUGGGUGAGAGUUGAUGUUAGGGAUAUAAAUUUGUUAAGUUUAGGGUUAAGGUUAGGACUGAGGUUAAGGUAAGGGUUAAGGUUAGGGUUAUGGGUCUGCUAGUUGAAUAUAAACUGCCUAAGAACUAGAUGAUUUGCAUAAGGGUUCAUCAGUUUUUACACCUCUUCCCCAACUUUCAUAUUGAUUUGAAGACCAGUGCAUGAUCCAACAGAGGCUUUAGCUGGGACAAUGGUCCCUAACAGAGGGCCUCAGAGGCCAUGAAAGCAGGAGAGUGGGAGCCAAAGUUCUGAAUUAUCCCCCUAGUUGCUUUGCUUUGUUUGUUUUGUCUUCAGUGAAUAUAAUGGAUAGUUUAUUGUUGAAUAAUCAUGAUCUUAUUGUUGACAGGAGUGAGGAGGAGUGAAAGUAGGAAUGUGUCAAGGAACAGUUACCACCACCCAUUUUGUGGCACGUGUUAUGUGUGUAUGUUCAGGGUAAACAGUAUGAAUCUAAGAUAAAAGGCCUUCUGGCCAGUCUGAUUUGUUUUCCUUUUUUCUCCUGACCUACGAAUUUGCUCUGCUACUGUACCAUUACCUAAUGAAGACACACAGAGGCUCAGGCAAAGAGGGGGAGGAAGAGAGGAAGGAGGGGGUGGGGUGGGGAUAGAGGGCAGUGGCAGGCUUUCAGUGACGCCUGUAGAAAAAUCCAGUCAGCAUUUUCAAUUAAAAGGGGAUUGUCCCAUUGUUUCCCUCUGAUGGAAAGAGAGUGGAUACAUUGGGAGCAGUCAUAACAGGGCCUAUUGACUCUAGUUGGCAUAGUACAUCCGCCAGUGCAACAACAUGAAAGAGACAUACAUACUGUAGGUUAUCCUAAGCUGCACUCUCUAAUGCCCUUCUGACCCCCUGGAACUGCAAUUCAGACCAGACAUUGAAUUAAUGGAGACUUUUUAAAGGGAACUGACAAGUACUUGAUCCCAGAUUUGAGGCAAAGGAGUCGGAAGGGACAGUGAUUAUCCAUAGUUCACACCAGGACAGCAGGUGCAAUUCAUGGCCGCAACGUGUUUAGAUAAAUCAUUAUGAUCAUGAUUCAUUCAAGAAUAACUUAAAGAAUGAAUACUGCGAAUCACAAACUGGGUAAGCUUAGGUAAAAAUUAUUUUUUAGAUUGAUGAUUUUUGAUGGUUUGAUAUUGAGAAUGUAUCUUUCAACAACUCUUGAUUAAAUUGCCAAUACUUUUGACAAUGCAGUCCUAGAUAUGUAAUGUGUUAAUCUGCUGAUGGUAAUCAACCAUCGACGGUCAUAUACCAUUCACAAGCUGAAAUGCAGUUUCCCGUCGUUGUUUCCCUGUCUUCUUCCUCUUUUCUUAGAUGGAAAAUGGCUGCAUUCUUAACGGGACCUACUCAGGAGGCUGUGUUCUGCCCAAUGGGAAUGGUGUGGUGUCCUCUAACGGCCUGCUCCCCUGCCCAGACACUCUAUCCAGCCUCCCUGAUGCCUAG